GAAAAUAAUUGUUUCGAACACAAAUAAUAUUUGGUUUCAAUCUAGGUAUGGCUGCUGAAGAUGCAACAGUGGCGCAGUCGAUAUUGAACGCGGUUCAGUCCAAGAAAGAAUAGAAAACAUUCUGCAAAUUUCAGAGGAUUUAAGAAUUUUCGCGAUUAAAAGGAAAAAUAAUAUUAAGAAAAAAAAAAAAUUAAAGGAAAUCAUUCCAAGGACUAGUAUAAACUGCUAUCAAUGUAAAUAUACCUACUUGUGAAACAAAAUUGUAUAUCUUCUCUGAAAUUUGACUUGUAGUAACUUUUGGUGUAUUCUAUCUUGGCUUUUUUAAAACAGGAAAUUUGUUAUUAUUUAGCUGUUUUCCACUAGGAAUCAACCACUUUUCAUCAAAACUUUAUUAUUUAUUAACAAAAUAUGCAUUUUUCGUAACCUUGAUAAUAAAAACUGCAUCGUUGAGUCGCUUUAAUAUGAAUAUUUGUUGACAAUAUUAUUGUUGCCAGACUACUUCAGUUUUUAAAUACCCAAAACCUCUUUUGUUAAUAGAUUAGUAAAUGUUUCGGAAUAUUUUUCAUAGAUAUUAAGAUUUUUUUAACUAAUUUUAACGAUGCUUGUUCGCAUAGUUUAAAUAUAAUGUAAACUAACAUAUGUUUUAGGUUUACGUUGCAAUUGCAGAAUAAYUUGUACCGUUAAAGCAGUAAUAAUUUUUUGGCAGCACGGCAACCCUAGCUGUUGCACAUUUGGAAAUUGUAAAUAAAAAUUCACAUUGGAAGUUUAAAUAUAAAUAACAUUACAUUGCAGUGACUAACAAUUAUGAGUAUAAUUAAUUUUGAAAUUGAAGAAAUACGUAAGCUGUGCGAAAAUACCGUACCAAAUUCUAAAAUUGUAGCUUGCAUUUGUGGGGAAUCACCGCUUGUGCGCGUAGACAUAAACGAAAAUGAGUCGCAUCGCCAACUCACGGUUUGCCUGCGUUUUCCAGCCAAUUAUCCAGAUGAGUCAAUCCUUGUUGAACUGAAGAGUCGGACGUUGUCCAAUAAGUUCCUAGACGGCCUUGCAACACUUAGUGAGAAACAUGCGCGCCAACAUUUGGGAAAACCGCAAGGACUGCAUGUACUAAGAUUUGUGCAACAAUAUCUGACUGAAAAUCCACUUUGUGUUUGUUUUGACGAAAUACAAGACCUACGCCGMGAUCUUGGCACGGAUGCCACACCGGAUCAAUUGAAAUUAAAACAGCGUCAUUCGAUUGUGCAAUUAACAGCAAAAGGUGGCGAGUACUACUACAAAGUGAGUGCAUUUUUACCGAAGGAUUACCCGAAAGAGUGUGUACAACUACAGAAUCAGGAAACGAAUUUACCAGCAAUUUUGCUUCGUUACUUGAACGGACAAUCACGUGAAAUCGCUAGACAAUGUGUCGAACCACCACUUCGUUUGAAUAAGAAGGAACAAUUGGCUUUUCAACCAGUACCUAGCCUAUAUCGUGCUCUCAAAUUUUGUCUGGCCGCUACAUCGGACUUUCAUAUAGAGUUAUGUCCAAUUUGUGAGAAAGAGGUGUUGCCAAAGAAACCAACUCAGUUGGAGUUAGAUGAUACAAAGGACUCAUAUGUGGAACGUGUAUACUGYGGACACCUUUUUCAUCAGGCUUGCCUGAAGCAUUACCUACAACAGCCACCUUUUCCUAAGGGUGGUAAAUUAUGCCCAGCUAAGCGACGACAUCCGCGUUCCGAUGCAAAGUACUAUAUGGGUGGUGCCAUUAGUAAUGGAAAGCAACCGAUUGUCAAUGCAGACAACGGAGGAACAUGUGGAAUUCGGUUGGCGCACGAUCGUUGGGUUGUUAAUGUAAAACUAGCUGAAUCACGUUGGGCGCAAAAACAAGCGCGGGAACGAGAACUACAGGAAGUAGUAGAUUUUCUGAAGUGAACUGAACUCGUGCCUUACGCAAGUGCAUACUCAAAAAUUAGUAAUUUUAUAUAUGGUUUAUUAGUUGUAAACAGGUUUUGAAACAUUUAAAUUAAAAAUAGAAUAUAUUAAACAAUAAACUAAUAUAUAUGUAUUGUACGUCGUGUAGACUGAUAAAUCAGAAAUGAAAGAAAUGAAAAAAUGAUAUAUCAAAGCAAAUGUUUUAUUCGUAAAGAGCAAAAUUGAAAUUGAAUGGCGUUCAAAAUUAAUUUUACAUCAAAGUAAAUUUUUAAUACAUAAGUUUGUGACAACGAAAUUAGKUAACAUUCGACAUUUUAUACCGUUAUGUAUAUGUACAAAUGCGUUUAUAUGCGUGUGCACUUAUUAUUGAAUAGAUGAGUCGAUACAACGUUUAGAGCGAA